AUGAGGAAAGCCUACCUGGAAACAGGAGUGACCUGAAGGUGUCCCCAAACCCUGGCAAGAGGAAGAAGAGGCGGCACAGGACUGUCUUCACUACCCAGCAGCUGGAAGAGCUGGAAAAGGCGUUCAGCGAGGCACACUACCCUGACGUGUAUGCCCGGGAAAUGCUGGCCAUGAAGACUGAGCUCCCUGAAGACCGAAUACAGGUUUCUGGGGUUCCCUUCUCCUUCCCAAAGACACCGUAGAGAGCAUGUUAACUUCACAGCCAGUGUGA